UCUCGACCGAGUCUUUCGUAACCUAUGGAAGCAGAAGAUUGAGUCGUGGGAAAAUAUUGGAUCUCGUAGACUGAACAAAUCGCUGACUGAAAAAUUUAGGCAAUUAACAUGGAUGACGAUAAUGAUCAAGAAAACCCAAUCGAGGACGAUUAUUAUACAUUUCUGAACGUUGCCAGAAACGCAACUGUUGAAGAAAUCAACAAUGCUUAUCGUAGGCAGAGCAGACUUUACCAUCCAGACAAGCAUACGGAUCCAGUACUUAAAAAGGAGGCAGAAGUUUUAUUUAACCGUACGAAAAAGGCUUACGAAGUUUUGAGUGAUGCACAUCAGAGAGCUAUUUACGACUCUGUGGGAAUUCGAGGAUUAGAAACAGAAGGCUGGGAAAUUGUGCAACGCACUAAAACUCCUGAAGAGAUUAGGGAAGAAUAUGAACGCUUAGCCAGAGAAAGAGAAGAGAGAAGACUACAACAGCACACAAAUCCUAAGGGCAAUAUUACAGUUAAUGUGAAUGCUACGGAUCUUUUUAACAGAUACGACGAUGACUAUGAAGAUAGCAAAGGGAUACUUUCAUGUUUGGAAGUGAGUGGAAUGUCAUUUACACAGUCCAUUGAAGCACCCCUUACUUUAAGAGACACAGUAACCAUGUAUGGAGAGUUGGGUACACAGAAUGGAACAGGUUCUGGUUCUAUAAAUGUCUCUGCGAGACGAUUAGUUUCAUCUAAAGGCUGGUUAGAAUUGGACAUAGGUGCAGGGAAUGGGCCCACAGUGUCUUUAAAAGGUUUUCGUACAUUAACAAGAAGAUUAUUUUGCGAUGGCGCUACCAUAUUACAAUUUACCGCGCGAGGAAUAAGACCUGGCCUUGUAGGAACUCUUGCAAUGCAGCUAGACAAGCACACGGUAGGAUAUCUCACGUACAGAGCAGGCAUACAAAACGAUAUGAGUACAAUGAUCGUAAGGGACACGUCCAGAUCCUAUACCGCAUUUUCAAUUCACUUAGGUAUCCUACAGACCUUCGUAAGUCUUAAUUAUACAUAUAAAAUGGAAGAGAAGCAACUGAAGCUGCGUGGAAGUAUAAAGGCUGGUACAUUUGGAAUGUUACUUGAAUAUGGAGCAGAAAAAAAAGUUUCACGACACAGUAGUCUCUCAGCUGCUGUGCGAGUCGGUGUGCCAACUGGUGUUACUUUAAGAGUAAAAUUAAGUCGUGCCUCUCAAUCUUAUACGUUUUCUCUUCAUUUGAGCGAUGAGCUUCUUCCAGCUCCUGUGUUCUAUGCGACUGUGGUCCCGAUAGUGACCUGGGCUGUGGUGAAAAAGAUCGUCAUCGAUCCAGUGGUAAAAGAACGACAGGAACGCGAGAAAGAGAAACAGAAGGAAAUGAACAAGUCGAGGAUGAUGGAAAAGCAGAAGGAAGCGAAAAUCGCUACUGAAUUAAUGAAAGCUACUGUUAGCAGAAUUAGAGCGGAGGAGGAGUCGAAGAGGGGAUUGAUUAUUACCAAAGCUUUGUACGGACGAUUCGUAUACCCUCAACAGAACAGAUCCUCCUCGGAUGAGCAUCUGCAUAGGGAUGAGGUCAUUGAUGUAACAAUUCCAUUGCAAUGUUUAGUUAAGGAUUCAAAGUUAGUCCUGCACAAUGCAUCCAAGAGUCAGUUGCCUGGAUUUUAUGAUCCGUGUGUUGGAGAGGAGAAACAGUUAUUGGUACAGUAUCUGUUCCGCACUCAUACACACGAAUGCAUUGUUAAGGACAACGCGCCCCUCAGAAUACCAUUACCAUCGCAUAAAGUGAAUACCACAUGACGUAUGCGACAUCACAAAAAAACGAAGUGAAAUCGUUGCGAUAUGCAAUGAUAGCUUGUACUGCUUCACUGAGGGCCGUGGUUCAAAUGACUUUCGAGGAAGAUGAUAGAGAAGUUCUCGAUGAUACUAUCAACGAGACGAACUAAGUACAAAAUACUGACAGUGAUGGUUACUUGCUGACAAUGAGACAUUCAUAGAUGUAUAGAUAAAUAAUAUAAGAACAUUUAAUCAGAAAAGGUUUUGUGGAAUAAACG